UUGCAUUAAAUUUCCUUCCUUCAUUCCUUUCUUCAAAUUCUCUAAACAUACUCUCUUUUAGGAAACAAAAAUUCACACACAACUUUUUGAAUUCAAAUCCUUUUAAAUUUCUCCAUUACUUCUCGUGAAGCUUUUCAUCACUUAUCAAUUCCCUUCAGCUCCACCAUCAAUCAAAUUUCUCAGUUCUUGAAGCUCUACAAAACAAAGGAUCCUCGUGAUGAAGAGCUCUUCAAUUUCACGAGUUUCAUAUUUUACACUCACAAUUUCACAAACUCCUCCUCCUCCUCCUCUUCCUCCUUCAAAUACCCAUCAAUUGUUUCUUCAAAAUCAUGAACUCAACCUCAAGAAUCACUGUCUUCUUCUUUGUAAUCAAUCAUGGAUUUCAAUGCCCGUAUGGGUUUUCUUCUUUUUCUCUGUUUUCUUUCACUUCUUGUCCAACCAAACACUUCCACUCUUCAAACUUACAUCAUUCAACUCCACCCACAUGGUUUAAUCACCUCUGUUUUUGAUUCUAAGCUUCAAUGGCACCUUUCUUUUCUUGAACAAUCUCUUUCUGCCGAAGAAGAUUCCUCUUCUCGCUUGCUUUACUCCUAUUCUAAUGCUAUGGAAGGUUUUGCAGCACAGUUAUCUGAAACUGAGCUUGAGUAUUUGAAGAGGUUGCCUGAUGUUGUGGCUGUUAGAGAAGAUAGAAAGUAUCAAAUUCAAACGACUUACUCUCAUAAGUUCUUGGGGCUUAGUGUUGGCACACAAGGUCUUCGGCAGAAGUCCUCAAUGGGCCAAGGGGCAAUAGUUGGGGUUCUAGACACUGGAGUUUGGCCUGAGAGUCCAAGCUUUAGUGAUUCCAAAAUGCCCCCAGUUCCACAAAAAUGGCGAGGGGCUUGCCAAGAAGGGCAAGAUUUUAAUUCCUCUAAUUGUAACAGGAAACUCAUUGGUGCUAAGUUCUUUAUCAAAGGACAUCAUGUGGCUUCGUCGCUGCCUUCCGAUGUUGCCCAGGAGUAUGUCUCCCCAAGAGACUCUCAUGGUCAUGGGACUCACACGUCUUCUACAGCUGCGGGUGCUUCCGUCGCUGAUGCUAGCGUGUUCGGUAAUGGAGCUGGUGUGGCGCAAGGGAUGGCCCCAGGAGCCCACAUUGCGGUGUACAAGGUUUGUUGGUUCAGUGGCUGUUAUAGCUCUGAUAUUGUAGCAGCCAUGGAUUCUGCAAUAAGAGAUGGUGUUGACAUUCUCUCCCUUUCACUUGGUGGCUUCCCGCUUCCGUUUUUCGACGAUAGUAUUGCCAUUGGAAGUUUUCGGGCAAUGCAGCACGGCAUCUCAGUUGUCUGUGCAGCAGGAAACAAUGGUCCAAUUCAAAGCUCUGUUGCCAAUGUAGCUCCUUGGAUCACCACCAUUGGUGCAGGCACACUUGACCGAAGAUUUCCAGCUAUAAUUCGACUAAGCAAUGGAGAAGCCAUUUACGGCGAAUCAAUGUACCCUGGAAACAAGUUCAAGCAAGCCACCAAGGAGCUUGAAGUAGUUUAUUUGACUGGAGGGCAAAUGGGAGGUGAGCUUUGCUUAAAAGGGUCUCUUCCAAGAGAAAAAGUACAAGGCAAAAUGGUGGUUUGCGACCGUGGUGUCAACGGCAGAUCAGAAAAGGGGCAAAUUGUGAAGGAAUCUGGAGGCGCUGCUAUGAUCCUUGCAAAUUCAGAGAUAAACCUAGAGGAAGACUUGGUUGAUGUUCAUGUUUUGCCAGCCACUUUGAUUGGAUUUGCAGAAGCAAAUCGCUUAAAAGCUUACAUUAACACCACAAGCAAUCCAAAAGCCAGAAUCCAAUUUGGAGGAACUGUGAUUGGAAGAUCAAGAGCUCCUUCAGUAGCUCAGUUUUCAUCAAGGGGUCCAAGCCUCUCUAAUCCUUCAACUCUCAAACCUGAUGUAAUUGCUCCUGGUGUUAACAUUAUAGCAGCUUGGCCUCAAAAUCUUGGUCCAACUGGCCUUCCAGAAGAUUCUAGAAGAUCAAACUUCACUGUCAUGUCAGGAACUUCCAUGGCUUGUCCCCAUGUCAGUGGAAUUACAGCUCUAAUCCAUUCAGCUCAUCCAAAAUGGACACCUGCAGCUAUCAAAUCAGCCAUUAUGACAACUGCUGAUGUUACUGAUCAUUUUGGUAAACAAAUUCUUGAUGGCAACAAACCAGCUGAUGUUUUUGCAAUGGGAGCUGGUCAUGUAAACCCGACAAAAGCAAUUGAUCCUGGUCUAGUUUAUGAUAUCAAACCAUAUGAAUAUAUCAUUCAUCUUUGUGCUCUUGGAUAUACUCAUUCAGAAAUCUUCAUUAUCACCCACAUGAAUGUUAGUUGCCACAAAAUUUUGCAGAUGAACAAAGGCUUCACCUUGAAUUAUCCCUCCAUAUCUGUCAUUUUUAAGCACGGAACGACGAGUAAGAUGGUUUCAAGACGGUUGACGAAUGUCGGGAGCACAAAUUCAAUCUAUGAAGUGAAAGUAACUGCACCUGAAGGAGUAAGAGUUCGAGUUAAGCCACGGCGCUUGGUGUUCAAACACGUGAAUCAAAGCUUGAAUUAUAAGGUAUGGUUUAUGUCUGAAAAGGGAAAGGAAGGGAGAAAAGUAAGGUUCACAGAAGGGGAUUUGACAUGGAUUCAUUGUGAGAAUAGCAAAUACAAAGUUAGAAGCCCAAUUGUAGUGACUUGGAAGAACUAAAGUCACAGUGAAUACAUGGGGGGGUAAGUUUUAUGAUUUAUAGAGAUAUUGACAUUGAGUUAUUGUCAGGUUAGUACAAUAAUUUUUACAAAUUUCUACCAUAGAUUUCUUGCUUUGAAAUUUUCAGUGUAGAAAAUCUGUCUUCGACUGACUUUCUUGUCUUCCAGUCAACAAAGAUUUCAUUUUAAGGAUUUGGUAUUUUAUA